AACCCGGCCAUCUCCUCUUCUCGGGCAGACGGGCACCGCUUCGCCUCCUCUCUCCGCGCAGGCGCAGGCGCAGCAGCAGCCAGCCGCUUCGGGAUCGGGACGCGGAGAGGGGAAAGGCGAGUCGUCGUCCGUCCACGGCAGCCUCCCCUCCCUCUCCUCUCCGCGCCCGCGUACCCUAGGCCGGCACCCCCCCAACCCCCCUCUCCUACCGCCGCCGCACGAUGAGCUCCUCCCCAGCCGCAGCCGCGUCGCCGCCGCCGCCGCCCGCCGCCGUAGCCGCCGACGAGGGCGCGCGGGCGGCGGAGGCGGUGGUGGCCGUCGACGAGAGGGUCGCCUCCAACGUGGACCCGUUCCUCGUCGAGGCGCUCGACAACCCUCGCCACCGCCUCAUGGUUUUACGGAUGGAACUGGAUAUACAGAAAUUUAUGCAGAACCCUCAGCUGCAAGAAUUUGAAUUCCAGAACUUUCCAACUUCAUACCUUCGCUGUGCUGCUCAUCGUGUCGCACAACAUUAUGGCUUAGAGACUACAGUAGCAGAUAGUUUAGUAGAUGGUUCAGUUAGCAGGAUAGUUGCAAGAAAAACACCGGAAAGCAGAUAUCCACCGAUUGCUUUAUCAGAAGUUUCCAGCAAACAAGCAAGAAAUGACCAUGAAGCAGCAGAGAAGCUUAAGUUUGUCAUCUAUCAAAGGCCCAAAGUAUUCCAAAAUGGCGCAGCUGAUGCUGGAAACAAGAACGGUGCACCAAAAACUGUUGAAGAGAGGAUAGAGGAAUACAAUAAAGCUCGAGCGCGCAUCUUCAAUGGUUCCAUUUCUGCAGAUACUGAUGCUGCAAGUGUUUUGGGAGCUCUUUCCACUGGCAGAGAUGAGCCAGUGAAUGUUGAGCCUCCUGCUGAUGAGAUCAAAGUCAGCACAAUGAACAGCCGUUCCAGGGUCGCAGUUUUCAAGGAUACUGAAAAAGAUCGUAGUGAUCCUGACUAUGAUCGGAAUUACAAAAGGUAUGUUAGGAGCCCAGUGCCUGACUUCAGCUUGAACCCUGGUGCCUUCAACUUUGUUGUACCUCAAUUUAUGCAGUAUGGUGUUGGUUAUGUGCAAUCUCCUGGCAUGUCCACAAACCAGCCUACUGUGUACUUUGGCCAACCUGAUCUAUCAAUGGGGUCAUCUUCUGGAGCAGCUGUUUACCCACAUUGGCCCCCCCCAGCAAUGAUGUAUCCCCAUUGCUAUGACAACACUGGACCCAUGAUGUCUCAGGUUCCAUUGUACCAGUCGUUCAACCAUGGCUAAGAGAUUCUUUAUGCUGGAAAGUUGGGAACUAUUUCUGUUGAACUUGCACUAUGUCGUGUUGUUAAGUGGAGUCUUCAGAUUUGAGCCAUUUCUAUUACAAAACUUCGUGUAGUGUCGAACGUAGUUUGUAUAAGGAGUCCUAAUUCGAUGAAACUAUUAUUGUGAACUAGUCUGGAACUGAUGGUCCUUGUCUA